CACAGGAUGUCUUUGAACCACUGAUUCUGCGGAAAAGCUCUGGCUUGAUGACCUCCCAAUCGGUCGUGAUCCUUCUUCGUGCCCCUUCUGAGACGAACGAUAUAUACGAAACGACACUCUCCGCAUCGGGAUAUACUGUGUUCUCUGUUCCAGUCCUCGAGACCGUCUUAACGAAUGUCAACGACCUAACGGGAAUCAUCCAGCAUGGACCGGCAUACGAUGGCGUAAUAAUGACGAGUGCAAGAGCUUGCGAGGCGUGGAGAGACGCGGUUGAUGGUCUGGAAAGUCAACAUACACCUAGUAAUUACGACUGGAAUUCGAGGCCUUUCUACGUCGUAGGGAAAGGAACCAAAUCUGCUUUGUGUGAAAUUCAUACUCGACAUCCCAACUCGCCGUUCGCACCCAAUCCGUUGAUGAUCAAAGGCGAAGAUUGCGGGAACGCAGAUCAGCUUGGCCGUUUUAUUGUAGAAGAUCUGAAGUCUACGCCUACAAAGCUACUCUACCUUACAGGCGACAAGAACCGCGAUACGUUACCGAAUAUCCUUCGAGAUAGUCAUGUCGAUUUUCAGGCGUUGCAAGUAUAUGAAACGCGGGGAUCGGUUAGGUUCCCGAUAGACUGGAAAGCUACGUUGGAGAUGGCAAGUAAGGGCGACCCUUGUACAUUGAGAUGGUGGAUAAUUUUCUUCGCACCAUCUGCCGCCCAAUUCGUCCUUCCUUUUAUAGAGGAGUAUUUUGAGCUGUCGACCAAGGCCAGUACAGGCAAUUCAUCAAAACCUGUCGCGAAGAUCGCGUCCAUUGGCCCAACCACAGGCAAAUAUCUUCACGAGACAUUAUGCCUCCAUGUGGCCGCGACGGCUUCGAAGCCUACCCCAGAAGACCUUGUAUCUGCGAUAAUCUCUUCUGACAUGGAGGACUGA